AGGGGGCAGUGUUUGGCAGGUGUGAACAUAUUUUGAACACAUUUGUGUUCAAAAUGUGUUGACACAAAUGUGAACACAUUUCCUGCCUGUGACGUCAUGUUGAGCGUGCACAGGUGUUGUAUUUUUCUGUCUAACCUGUUUUAUGUCUUUAUAAUCAGUUUCGAGAGCUCUUCAUUAAACUGGUCGUUCUUUUGUUUUUAACCUUUUACAAAUUUCCCGACUUUCAGAUGAACUUAUUUUUUAAUAACAGCCCACCUGUGACAUUUAUUGACUUUUCCUAGCCCCGCCCCCGACAUUUGCUUUGCUAUUUGCGGCUGCAGUCUUUUAUUUUGAAAGCAGCUGUCACCGGAAGCCGUGUGAGCGUGCAGCUUGAUUCUGGUCCUUCCUCAGCAUCUCUCUCACCCGUCCGCCUCCCCCUCCCUGAGCUCGGCGCCAUGGACGACGUCCCCCCGAUCAUCAACAUCUCCAUCGCGCUGCGGAUCCAGCCCAACGACGGCCCGGUCUUCUUCAAGGUGGACGGGACCCGGUUCGGCCAGAGCCGGACCAUCAAGCUGCUCACGGGCUCCAAGUACAAGAUCGAGGUGGUGCUGAAGCCUGGAAACGUCGAGGCCACCAACAUGAACAUCGGAGGCAUCGUCUUCCCGCUGGAGCAGCAGUCCAGGGACGACGAGUCGGUGGUUUACCACGGCCAGUACGACACAGAGGGCGUCCCGCACACCAAGAGUGGCGACCGGCAGCCCGUCCAAGUCAGCAUGGAGUUUAUCAAGGCGGGGACGUUUGAGACGGUCUGGCAGGCCAAAUACUACAACUACUACAAGAGGGAGCACUGCCAGUUCGGCAACAAGUUCAGCAGCAUCGAGUACGAGUGCAAACCCAACGAGACGCGGACCCUGAUGUGGAUCAACAAGGAGGCGUUCAACUGACUCCGCCCACUGAACCCCGCGCAGAGGACGCCGGUCUUGCCGGGACUACCUUUGAACAUCAGCAUCGCAGUGAGAGACGGCACCUCCUGAAGGCGGGCGUUGGGUUGGCGGCGGUCGGCUCUUUGUGCUCUUUGAUGACCUCUGAGGGAGUAAUGAGCUGUUUUGCACGCUGGUCUCUGUGAGGGCGGGGUUUCAGCAGUCAGAGGGUUAACUUAGCUUCUCAGCUGGUUUCAGGCGUUUGACAAACACCCACUUUCUGCGGAGGUGACUUCCUGUCAUCAGGCUGAACGUGAAGUUCCUGUGGAAAGUUAAAGGAACAGUCGAGCAGUUUGAGAUCCGAGCCCAUUAGGAAGCUUCGGAGACGAAGGCUGACGCACGCUUCAAGUCUGUGUGUCCAGCACACGUUCGAAGCAGGAACUAUCACAGGUGUUCUCUCCGAUACUCUACGCUUAAAUAAAACACCUUGAGAGGAGCAAAGUUGUUAGCCGGUGCUACAUAAAUGACAUUCACUUCCUGUACUCGAUGCACAGACUUGAAAGUCGUCUCCAUCUCCUCAGACUCUGGAAUAAAUCUGACUGUUCCUUUAACACUGAAACCCCCUCAGACUGAAGACCAGCGUGGGAAACACCUGAAGUAUUUUAUCUUAUUUAUUACCUGUGUGAACGUCUGAGAGAGCAGAGGCGGCGGAUGAGAGGAUGGACGUCACUUUUCUCGUGUUUUGUGUUAUUUAAAGGAGAAAUCUGUACACUGCAGUUUUUGGUUCGCUUAUUUUCCAGCUGCAGAAAUGAGUUUCACUGGUGUGAGUGUUGAUCCUUCACAAUAAAAGCUGGAGGGAUACUUUCUGGGACUUCCAUGUUCAAACUGGUGCAGUAUCUGAGGGACUACUUUCAGCAGCGGAGUAAUCCUUUGAGCCUUGAAACACCUCUGUCUCCCUGCUGAAAGGAGGCGACCUCCUCUCUUCACGUCACUUCUUGUGUUUGCUGCUGAUUAUGUUUCUCAUGUCUCUUAAAUUGCAUGGCUGGAAACUUUUUGCCAAAUAUGAUCUGUUUGUUUGUUCCUUUGUUAAGAUGUCUCGAUGCCUGAAAGUGUGUCUGUGAAUAAACUGCUAUACAGAACCACUGGGACUCUGCUGCUUCACUGGAAUAAUAAAGUUUAUCCAUGCAGUGUU